AUGAGACAUUUGCUGAGGCUUGGGAGAGAUUCAAGGGCUACACAAGAUGUGGAUGAUGGCUGGCCGCUUGUGGAAAACAUUGCUAACUCCAAUGGAAGAUAUGGAGAAGAGUAUGAUCGCACCUACCGGAGCUCGACCCACCACUCGAUCGAGUCAGACGAGAAAUUGAGAAAGGAGGUCAAAUCGUUGAAUGAGAAGUAUCUAGAGCUUAUGGCGAAGGAGCAGACCGGAGGUGAUUAUCGGAAGUGGGCCAGAAGGAGAUCGGAGCCAUCAGACGUCAGAAGGAGUUUGGCGGAACAGAGCAUUGAGCAAAAGGAAACAAGGUGCUUGAGGAAGUUUCUCAAGCUACGCGCAGCUGUGAAGUGA